AAGUGUCUAAGGUUGAGUGUUUCUUGAUGGCAGCUGAAUGUUGAUCGCAGAGUGUUCAGCGAGAUGUUCUGUUGAGAUUGUGAGGUUUGUGUGAGCUGCUUUCUGCGAAGAUUCGGAUCGGUCAGAGGUUUGACGGGAUAGCUCCGGCAUCAAGACCUGUAGCAUAAUCUUUUUUUUUCCCCUCUAAUUUAUCUUCUGUUUGAGAGUUACGACUCGUGGGGUUGAAGGCUCGGCUGCGGCGCAGUCAGGCUAUGGUUGUGAGGUCUGAGGGGGGUUGAGGGCGUGGUGUGGGUGGUGAGAAAGGUCUUGUGAGUGAGCGCGUGAGUGCGUGAUCGGGAAACAGGUUGCAUGGUUGAGUUGGAGCGGGAUCUCGAUUGUGGGACGGAGUGUAGAAAGCGGAGACUUGGAGAGAUCGCUACAGUUUCAAGAUCCUACGUCUUUUGACCUCAAAUGCUGCUCACCAGUUUCUAGCGCGUUGAUUGUGAGUUAGUUGCUUGCGGGAUACGAUUUGCGUGGGAGCCAUUGCCGAUGUGGUUGGCGGGUUGUUGUGGUGUCUGAAAUGUGUUUACGAUACUUACAAAAUCAUACCGACUGAAGACUAUCUCAUUGGAUGCGACGGUCUUUUAUGCUUGAGGAUCGCGGAAUUGGAUGCACCGGGGAUGGUGCUGAAAGAAGAACGAGUGCAGAAGCAAUUGUGGCAGUUGUUCUUUUUUCUGAAAUAACAGCUCGAAGUUCUUCAUUCUCAUGUAUUCUGUGCAUUUGGAUUGAGGAAGAAAAUUUGCAGAUGUCCGACAAGAAGGAUCAGGUUAACCACACCAAAAUCUUCUUACCCGGGAUGAAUGGGAGGCAAGAACAGCAAGAGAGAGGCGCUAUAUGGUUCUACACCUCCCAGAAGGUCUCCAUCUGCGAAAGUCUCACGGAGUAGAUCUCUACCUACUAAAGUAUUCACUAGGAGGCUUAGUUAUGAUUAUGGAGGUUCUUUCAGAGGAAGGCCUCUGCUUGAGGAUGUGGAGGACAUUGACCAUAUUGAAGAGUACAAAAGGCUAGUUGAAUUAGAGAAGCUUCACAAGAAAGAUGAUGCAGGUUCGUGUGGAGCAACCAAGCAAGAUACUAUACAUAGCUGUAUCAGUUCUCUUCGAGGUUCAAGAGAAGAGAUAAUAUACGAAGAAGAGGAAGAUACUGAAUCUGGAGCUAGUGGAAGUGAGCAACAUUCAAAAGUAGAAAGUUACAAAGCCAGUCCUGCCUUUCCAAGUGGAUUAGGGCGCAGCAGAUUGUCGUCCCAAUCUGCUCCUUGUCUUGCUGAAUACUUGGAUGAAGUUGAGGGCUUUGUUGCAGCUAGCAUUACUCCGGAGGGUGAACUGCUUGAUGCGGGUGUGGUUGCUGAUGUAUCGUUUCUUGGUGAGAAUUUUGAAAAGUACACGUUCGAAGUAACGGAAGAUACGAAUGCAACAUCCCAGGAAGUUCUUCCCGGUUCAGCGACUGACUGUGGCGCUGAGCUAGUCGAAGAGAUCUCAGCUACUGAGUGUGUCGGCACCUCUUUGAACGUUGGCAGUGUCUCUGAUCUGACUUCAAAAUUGCCAUGCAACAAAGAUGAACCGCAUGUGCGUGAGGGUCACGCCUCGUUGGAUGGCAAUUAUGUCGCUACCGAAGAGGAUGACAGAGUUAAGCUUGCUGGGACUGAUGGUUUUUACUCUACCAAUUCCUUUAACGGAGCAGCGUCAGGCAUUGUCUUAAGGGAACCAUAUGGCUACGUCUUUCAGGCGGUGAAAUACCCUGAGAAACACAAAACCUGGAAGCGACUGAAGAGAAGCGCACUUAAAAAGAAGAGGGAUUCUUGCGGCAGAGGUUAUCCGGUUUGCGAGGUUAAAGAAGGUAUGACUGGGAACGGUAAAAUGAAUCUGUUAGUCAACAAUCCUGGAAAAAGGCAGCAGGAUGCACGGAAGUCUAACUUCACGGAUUCAGGUGACAUGACUUGGAGUUCAUCGACUGGGAAGAGAAUUAAGGACGGUUUGGAAGGAGAGGAGAUAUCUCCCUCGGACGCUCAGCCUGAUGCUUUUGCAUGGGGUUUAAUGGGCCAAUCUGACCCUUUCUUGGGGUUCGAUGCUGCUGGUUUUUUCGGGAAGGUUCCUGCUGGAGAUCAGAUCAGCGGAGAUUACAUAGGAAGGUCUCCGGGUAAGAUAAGCAAAGGUACAGCUUUGGCUCGUAAAGUGCGAGGCCUUAGAGCUUCUCCAAAGCCAGUGUCAUCUUUGGAGAGUUGUCUCAGGGCUCAGAUGGCAGACGCACUGGAUAUAAAGCGAAUCAAGUCUGUUAUUCGACCGCUGAAUUUCUCAUCUUCAGCUGAGGAAGGUAAAAGUGAUAACGCAAGCGUGACUGAUUGCAAUGCUGCAUUGCUUUCAAGUAAUGCCAAUACUGCUGAUGAAAGCAGUUCCAAAUCCAGACAAUCUACGGUUUCCAGUGGUUUACCAAGUCUGCCUAAUCUCUCAAAAUUCUUGAAGGAAUACGCUGUUAAGCUAGCAACAUCCAGUAAGCGCGAAAGUCGCAGCGACAUUGACAAUUACUCUGUACGAGUUUCUGCAAAUGACUUGGCUUCGACCAGUCUUAGUGAUGGCGUCAAUAAAACUACCCUUUUGCCAGUUCUGUUGAAGAAACGGAAAGUAUCCGAUUCUAGGCGCAUUCAUUCGAAUGGUUUCGAGGGAGAACUUGACAGAUCGAGCACAGAAGGUUCACCAGUGUCUUUUGAGACCUUGCUUUUCAGUUUUGGACUGGGCCUUGGGGUACUGUUGGGUGCUGGCCCCCAAAAACUUGAAGUGGAAAAGUUGAGCCAGCUUUUGGAGGAGACGCAAAUGAACUUGGAAGCACUGAAGUCGGAAUUUUCUAGGAGGAAAAGUCCUGUACACACGAAUAAAAAUGAGGCACUAAGAGAGAGUGAGUACGAAUCAAUUCAGCAGGAUCAUAUGGCUGAGCUUGAAGCGGAGUUGGAGGCUGAACUUGAUCAACUCACUGGGGGGGAAUCUGCAACUAUGGAUAGUCAAUAUUCUGUCUUGGAUGAGCUGGACAUGGAUGGUGUUGCAUCGGUUCUUUACGGUGAUUUAGCGCCAGCAGGGCUGCCUGCUGGAUUAGAAGAAGACUCAGAUGGUGAUCCCUCAGGUCCGGCACAGCCUGCAUGCUUGAAUAAUUAUGCAGUUUCACCACGGGAACUCACGCGUUUAUUGCGUAAACUGCAGACAGCUCGACAAGAUGAAUUAAUUACUGAGUUAGAAGAGGACCUCGAAGAAUCACAGUCAAAAUUACGACUAAUGGAGAAGGAGCUUGAGAUGUGGAAAGACAAAGUGAGGCGGUUGACCGAAGCUUCAUUUGCUCCUGGUUCAGGUGAUGAAUGUGCGACUCCAAGUACACCUAACCUGAGCAUUGUCCCGGUCGGCUUAAUCUCAACCCCCAAUGAAGAAAUUACGGAGGUAUCAAGUGGUCGGAAAAGUGGUAAAGAUUGCAUUCACUCUCCAUUGCAGGAAAAUGGCACAUCAGUUGGCGGCAAUGCGACAGAAAAAGAUUUAGCAGGGCCACGUUCACACAUAGAACCUGUACUGCAAGGAGAGUUGAAAACCCGCUUGAACAGGGAGUCUGCAAAGCAGGAACUCAAAAAUUUAGGAGAAGUGAGUUUGCAUGGCAAUGGAUUAGCAGCAUGUGGUGAAGAUGUUUCCAAUGAGUUUUUGCGAUCAAUGAUUGAAUUUGAAGAAGAAGGGCCAUCUCAGGCUGAAGUGGCUGCUAGGGACUGCAGACCAAUAUUGGAUAAUGCUCAGAUUAUUACGCAGCUUAUUGAUUCUGUUCAUGGAUUGAAUUCAUACGGUGGUCGUGCGGAGAGUGUUGAUAUGGGCAGUGCUACCCCAAGUGUUGGUCAUUUCUCAAGUUCUGUCUCGAUCUCAGAUACUUGGGAUCAUCCUAUAGAAACAUCUACUAAAGAUUCCUUAUUUCCUCGUGCAAAGCUUUUAGUGCCCUAUCCAAGCAGACGAACGUCAUACAACUCAGAUCUAGGCAACUAUGCUUUCAUUGCAAGUCUGCAUAAAGGGGAAUCCACCUCACCGGCAGACCCCUGUUCAUCUGAUGUGAGAUACGCUGAAGCAAUGGAAUCGUCUAAAUCUGUUUCUGACAUGUCAGAAAUAGAGACUGCAGAUUACAGACCAUCCGAAACUCAUCCUGUCAGAUACAUAAAUUCCGCAGUUAGACCAGUUUCUGAGUCUGAAGUUCCUCCUGAUGAAAACCCGUCAACCUGGGUUGGGGUUAGUCGGGCAGGACUGACUACUCCUGUUGAUAAGGUGAAACAAUUGUUUAAGACACCUCAAAGUGCACCUGUACAGUGGCCAGGGGAACUAAGUCCCACGGUGCUUGAAAAGAUUGCUCGAUGGGAAGGUCUAAUGGAAGGAGAAACUCCUGGUCCUGCACUAGGAGCUGAUUGGGAAUGCCAAUCUCGAGCAUCAGAGCCUGAGCAUCAGUGUGCAGAAAACUCAGAGUAUGAUGAUGUUAAUAUCUUUAGCGAGGACAAUCUAAUAUUGGAGGCUGAAGAGAUGUUCGGAAGGAUGUUGAUUAAGCGGAUUGUAGAGAAGUCGAAGCACGGCUCUGAUUCGCUAGUUAAGAAGGCACAAACAGCUCUUGCUACUUUAGAGAGGGAUGAUGGAGUUGAGGCAGAUAUCUACUAUGAGGAAGACACAUAUAUGAAUGAACGCACUGAUUCUGAGGCUGGUACCUCAGAGAAGGCCUCUGAGCUGAAGGACCCUUGGAGUGGCGACCAAGAGAAGCAGCAGACUAACUUCUUGGAUGAUGCUGUACGUGAGGAAUACGAAUUCUUCCGAAGAUUGGAGAUAAUCAACAAAGAUAGAAAAGCAAAGAAAGUUGUGAAGGAGAAAACUGCAAAUGAGAUGACUAAUGCUGGAGGAGUGGAUUUUUCUAUGAUUCCAGAGCUAGAUCUAGGAUUGAAUUCACAGCUUUCUCCAGGUAGUCAACCCUCUGGAGUAGCCGAAAUCCCAAGUAAAGUUGAAGAAGAAUCAACUAGGGAAAAGUUAGUGAAGCAAGUAGCUGAACCCAACAUUGGAGGUAGGGACAUUUGGCUCUCUCGUGGAGACUCUCGGCAAUACACUCAUGAUAGAGGAUCUAGCGACAGACGUGAUGAAGUGCGGAGUCGCAGGCGGUUGUAAGCCCCAAACGUAGACCACCUGCGGGGAUCGUGUGAGCACAACCACUCGAUGUGAGAACGAGGAGGUAGCCAGGGAUUGUUGCAGAUUUUGUUUGUACUUGGGCACAGAAAUGGGACGCUUAGAUCCAAAUAGUUGUGUCGAGCAGAUCAACAUUUGUACCAAAGAUCUGUGAUUUUAUUGAUAAGAUGUAGUAAUUCUGGCCCUGACUGACCAUCCUUCGCAAUGUAUAAUAAUAUUUUCGGUUCUUUUAUAAUUCUUAAUAGCCCAGAUCAGCAAUUCGAUCC